AGUGAAUCGGUGAUGUUCUUCGAAAAAGUUUGGUAUAUGCUCAUCUUCCCAGACAUUACUUGGAUGAGCAUUUCCAAAACAUAAACCUUCGCUCAACCCCCUCGUCUCGGCAUUAUUAUUAUUGUUAUUAUUUCUAAAUAAUAUUGGUGGAAGUUCAGUGAGAGUUCGAAAUCGUGAUUCGAAAACUCCAUUUUAGCUUAAGCUCCUCUUGCCUUCAGUCCCAUUCGUCUGCUCUCCAUCCGCCCAAUUUUUGCUGCACUCUUACCUAAAACCCUAGACCACUGCGCGAGGUUCCACAGUCCGCGGGCCAUCCACCCGCGAUUUCCUGCGGCGCUCCGUCCGGCGCGCACCUUCAAACCGCUUUGUGUAUUGUCGUCCACAUUACAGUGCGAAGGUGGCAGCCAUUGGAGGUCACAUCAGCGACUCUCUUUCCCUCCAUUUCCUUUUCCCGGUGACCUCUUAGCUGUUAGGAGCCACUGAAUAGAUUGCAAGCAAUGGGUAAGCGAGGGAGGAGCCAGAAGAAAGACUCCAGAAACCCGAAGAGAAGACCUCGAGAUGAACACUUCGCCCCGGUGGACAUGGACGACGAAAUCGAUGCCUUUCACAAACAGAGGGGUGUUAUUCCACUGGAUGUAAAUGAGGAUGCUAUGGAAUCAGAUGAAGAUAAUGAGCAACCUGUAUUUGAUUACAAGGAUAUAAAUGAUGAUGACGACGAUGAGGGUGACGACGACGACAUGGAUGAUGAUACCCCACAUACUAGCCUUGUUGCAAAAAUUAAACGGCAGCAAAAAUUUUUACGGGCAAAGAUGGGAGGAGUUGAGGAUGAAAUGCAUGAUGAUGAGGAUGAGGAUGAGGAAGGAAGAAGUGCUGUAUGGGGUGGAAAAAAGCACAUAUAUCAUACUCGUGAUGAUGUUGACUAUGAGAAAGAAUCAAGCGAUGAUGAUCUUCCUGCUAUGGAGGAGGCGGAAGUGUUAAGAUUGCAGAGGGAAAAAGCGAAAAAUUUAUCAAUGGAAGAUUUUGGUCUUGAAGAUGUUACUGCGGAUGAUGGUGAUGGGGAGCCAACCAUUGAGGAAAUUUUAGUUGAAGGGAAAGUCUCAUCAAAAUCUCGAACAGAAAAAGAAAUUGAUGAUGACACAGGGACAGCUUAUAUGGAGGUCAAGAAAGAUUUGGCUGCUUUGUCGAGGGAGGAACAGAUGGAUGUUGUAUAUAGUUCUGCUCCAGAGUUAGUUGGUUUGUUAUCGGAGCUGAAUGAUGCACUCAAGCAACUUGAAAGUAAAGUUAAUCCCCUUCUGAGCAAGGUUAAAAAGAAGGAAAGCACGAAGGCAGAAAGAAUGAAUUAUUUGGAAGUGAAACAGCUUCUUUUGCUGGCUUAUUGCCAAGCCAUUACCUUUUAUCUUUUUCUCAAGUCUGAAGGGCAUCCAAUUCGUGAUCAUCCGGUCAUAGCUCGCCUCGUUGAGAUAAAAAAUUUAUUGGACAAGAUGAAUCAGCUUGAUGGGAAUCUUCAGCCUGAACUUGAGGAGAUCCUCCAAAAUGACUAUGGAGCUGAAACUGAAGCAGCAUUGGUUGAAGAGAAUGCUGCAUUGGCCUCCACUUCUUCAAGCAAAGAUCGUGAUCUGUCUGGAGUCCCAGCCGAAACACAAGAGGCAGCAGCCCCUUUGGAAAAAGCUGAGGCGGCAAAAGUCAAUUCUUCGAGAGAUUAUGAGAACAAAGGAGGGAAAAGCAAGAGUCAGAACAAUCAAGUUGGUAUACAGAGCAUGAAAAUGUUGGAAGUGAGAGCUGCCCUUGAAGAAAAAUUGAGGAAGAAGGGUAUCGUUAGUUCUGUUGCAUCCAAGCGUGACAGGGCUCAAAAACAUCUUUCAAAACCAAUGAAUGGACAGCUUGAAACCUUAGAUGAUUUUGAUGACGAUACCAUAGAUGUGGAUGGGAGCACUCGUGGAUUGGGUAAUGGAAAAACUAGUUUAUUGCGUUCAAGUAAAAUUUCCCAGCUUGUCACUCCUAAAGUGAAUAAACCUAAGGUUGUUUCGGGGGAUGAUGAUCUGCCCAAGAGGGAUGAUGUUGGCGAGAGGAGGAGGAAGCAUGAGCUCCGUGUUUUGGCAAGAGCUGGAAUCAAGUCCGAGGAUGAUGAUGUUGAUGGCCUCGGCAAAAUUUCAGAUGAUGAAGAUGCUAAUACAGUGGAGGCUAGUGAAACGGAAGAGUCAGAAGAUGAAUUUUAUAAGCAAGUGAAAGAACAAAGAGCUGCAAAACUUGCCGCGAAGGCAGAGGCCUACUCAAGAACUUCUGCAGUUCCGUCUUUGCCUGAAUCUGUUGAUGGAAAACGCCAGAUUUCUUAUCAGAUGGAGAAAAAUAGAGGGCUUACUCGUGCUCGCAAGAAGCUGAUCAAAAAUCCUAGAAAGAAGUACAAGUUGAAGCACAAGAAGGCAGUGGUGCAUCGGAAAGGACAGGUGCGAGAGAUAAAGAAGCCUGCUGGUCCUUAUGGCGGGGAAGCUUCUGGAAUUAAUGCAGCAAUCAGUCGGAGCAUCAGAUUCAAGAACUGAAACUUCUGCUGUGAUUCAUUUGCUAUUCUACACGUCAAGAGGCUUGCUGGCUUGGGAUCCUUCUGAGUUAAUGCAGUGCAGCAGCGAUCAGUUGGAGCAUCAGAUUCAAGAACUGAAGCUUUUGCUGUGGAUUCAUUUGCCAUUCUAUACAUCCAAUUUUGUCCUUGCUAUACAAUCAUUUGCUUGAUCACGUGAUCUCGAAAUGAAUAAUUUGUACAACCAAUUUUUGUAACUUGCUGUAUGAUCCUUUGGGUUUUAGUAUUGAGAUCUGAAAUAGUGGAAUGAGCCUCUCUCGUUCACCCCCAGUUACACAUUCGUUCCCACUGAAGUUUUUUUAGUGCUGGAAAAUUAGUGGGUGUUCUUAUGGGCCUUUGAACGUA